AUGCUGCUGCUGCUGCUCCUGGCACUGCUGGGCUCUGCUGGCUGCCCCAGAACAGAGCCCCUGAGCGGUUCCAGCCAGGAGCCGCUGUUCCGUGGGGCUGAUCGCUAUGACUUUGCCAUCGUCAUCCCUGCUGGCACCGUGGAGUGUUUCUGGCAGUUCUCACACCAGGGGGGCAACUUCUUCUUCAGCUACGAGGUCCAGCGGGCGACUGGGAUUGGUAACAGCAGGAACAUCCUGGUCACAGCGAGUGAUCCCAAUGGCUUCCAGCUUGGAGUGUCCCAGGACGUGCGAGGCCAGAUCAACUUCCUCACCAAAGACACAGGUUUCUACCAGCUCUGCCUGGACAACCAGCAAAACCACUUUGGCCUCAUGCAGGUGUAUCUCAAUUUUGGUGUAUACUAUGAUGACUUCAACAUGGAACACAAGCCAUCAGCAGAAAGGAAGGAGCUGAACGAUACCCUGGAUGCAAUUGAGGUGAGCAUCCAGAGGCUGCAGAUCCACACCUUCCACAUGUGGCGCUUCUACAACUUUGCCCGGAUGAGGAAAGGGGCAGACUCCUUCCUGCUGGAGUCCAACUACAACUAUGUCAACUGGUGGUCAAUGGCCCAGAGCUGUGUCAUUGUCCUCUCCGGGGUGCUGCAGCUCUACUUCCUCAAGCGCCUCUUUCACACGCACACCUCGGGCAGCCAGAAGUGCUAG